GUCAGCUCAAAGGCUUGCGAUGAGUUAUAGAACGAACGCACAACAGAAAAUGUGAAAGUUCCAUUUUCACAAUCAGCAGAAAAGAAGUUCUCUUUUGGCUGCUGCUGCUGCUGCUGCUAUUCACGAAGUAGGCACAGCGAAGAGGAAGCAGCCAUAGCCUCUAGAAGAAAAAAAUAACCCUGUCGCUACAUUAGAAGAAUCGCAGUAAACAAAAGAGGAACUCUGUUGUUUUCAAAGAUUAAUCAACGCUAGUUUUGCACAAUGUCGGUGGUCCGAACCAAAGUUCUCGGUUUGGUGGACGUGAUAAUGCGCGUCCCGAGCCUGUUUAUCAUCGAUGAAAUUCUCAAAAUCAGCAUGGGUCUGCCCAAUUCAUCGUUAUCGUCCUCGUCUACAUCCGGGAUCGGAGGGAGCGCAACCGCUCCGACAAAUGUCGCCAUCAAUACUUCGACCGUAGCCGCAGGUGCCGCCACGAUCGCAGGGAUGAGCCCCGAGGAUGUCUUGAGGGAGGAGUUUGAAUUCUACAAGUUUGUUUCUCUAACAACGCUCAAAUUCCUGCUCUGUCUGUUUGGCUGCAUAAGCGCGGCAUGCGUCUUCAUGCUGUGGACGCGCCACCUAGUCAUAGUGUACAUGUACAUCAUCUCCGUGGGCCUGAUCUUUCUGUCCUACUGGAGCAAUGUAUCGGCCAUCUCGUUGAUUUCGGAUGGUCCCAGCUUGCUAGAGGACAUACUGUCCCUCAACAUGGAGAGACUGCUGGACCCGGGGGGCGUCGCGCUCUCUAUACUGCCCCAUCUGCUGGCCCAGUGGCUGAUGGGGGUUAUCUUCGCGUACAUCCACUUGGGACCAAAAUACAAACUCAUCCAGAAAGCGCUGCCAUUCAGUUUCCUAAUGCCACUGUUUCUGGCGAUGCUGCCAUUACCGACGGUGGUGCUCAAACAUUCCCCCGCCUUUGCGGCACUCCUGCCGCUAGCGCUGUCCAAGAUUGCCCUGUGGAGCUCCUCGUUCAAUGUGGUCAAAACCAUUCUGAACGGGUACCAACACGCGCGCAACUUCGCCAGCAACUUUGGCAUCUCGGCGCUCAUCGAAAACGAGUGGCAACGGCUGAACGUUCCCUGCGUGCUCAGAGCAUUCUGGAGUAUUCGACUGACCGAGCAACUGAUCAGUCUGCUGAUGACCUCGGAUGUCCCGCUGAGAUUCGCGGCCACGGUUCAGAGUCUGCUCGUCAGCGGUUGUGAAACAUUGACAGCCGUGCUAGGAAUGACAAGCAUCAUAUCGCUGAUCUGCCACUACAUCGGCAAAGCGUUCCAGCUGUUUCUGAUGUCGGAAGACUACGACGAGGAUAAAUCCAUAGGCACGGUGUCGGCGAUUCUGUUCUACAUAUUGGCACUCCAAACUGGACUGACGUCACUCACACCGGACAAAAGAUUCGUCCGGUUGUGUCGCAAUCUGUGUCUGCUCAUCACGGCACUAUUGCACUUUCUGCACAACAUCGUCGCACCGAUUCUUAUGUCGCUGAGUGCGGCGAGAAAUCCGUCGAGGAAACGCCACGCCCGUGCUCUGAUGGUAUGCGCAUUUCUCAUGAUCACUCCGAUCGGACUUCUCAGUAUUUUAUGGUCGCGUCACACACCGUCAACCUGGCUUCUCGCGGUGACAGCUUUUUCGGUGGAGGUUAUAGUGAAGGUCCUUGUGAGCUUAGCGACUUAUACGCUCUUUCUGCUCGACGCCAGACGACAAACGUUCUGGGAGAAGCUGGAUGACUACGUUUAUUACAUCCGCGCAUUCGGAAACUCGGUUGAGUUCUGUUUUGGAAUAUUCUUGCUCUUCAACGGCGCAUGGAUUUUGAUCUUUGAGUCAGCUACCAUUCCUGUAGGUGGUGCGAUCCGGGCACUGAUGAUGUGCAUCCACGCGUACUUCAACAUCUGGUGCGAGGCCCGCGCUGGCUGGGGUGUGUUCAUGAAGCGACGCACGGCCGUGCACAAGAUUAGCUCCCUGCCGGAAGCGACCCCGCUGCAGCUGCGCUCGUUCGACGAUGUGUGUGCCAUCUGCUAUCAGGAAAUGACAUCGGCGAAGAUUACUCGUUGCAAACAUUACUUCCACGGGGUGUGCUUAAGGAAGUGGUUGUACGUACAAGAUCGAUGUCCACUGUGCCACGAAAUCAUAAUGAACCCGGAUAGCAAGAGCAAUGAGGGAAGCGGAGAUGAAGGGAAUGACGAUAUAAACGGACAGAAUCCCAACCCAAACCCAGCACCGAACCCGGUGGGUGCCGCUGAUAACACAACACACGCACACAGCGCCUCUUCCUCGAGAGGUGCAUCCACGCCGUCAAACACACCGGCCAGCAGCAACACAAGCAGUAGCGGCGGCGUCGGCAGCAGCAACAGCAGCACAAUCACUACCAGCUCUAUCAGCAAUCACUCGUUAAUAGCCAGCGGUUUCCGCAUCCCCAAUCCAUCGAGUGCUAGCUCUUCAACAACGUCUCUACCCGUAUAUCCGUCAUCAUCAUCCGGUGGUCUGGGCCAGGGAAGUUCGCCGUUCGCGACGCCCUCGAAUUCGGCUGCAGUCUCAGCAGCGGCCGUCUCACAAAUCAUCCGUCAGCAGCAUCAGCCACGAUCCUCUGUCGAUCGGGAUUUUCUCGACGAACUGGAGUAGAGUCUGAACAUUAGUUUCUAGGUGUCAAUUCUACGUUAUCCCUUAAUCAUUUUGAAACGCGGAAUGAUCGGAACUCCUGUCCUAUGUUGUUGUAUACUCGUAUUACUUACUGUAGCGCAUUGGCGUACAUGAGAAAAGCUUCGCGAUGGUUAAAAGAUAAAAGAGUUGUUUAGCUCAAUUUUACAUUGUACGUUUUCGGUACGGGAAAUUAGAGGGAGAAUGGUUUAAUUGUUUGAUGGAGGAAAGGAAAAUCAGCGUUGUGCAAUUCAUUUGUGGGUAGUUUUAUGGGAGAGAUAGAGAUUAGAGAGUAGAAGUGUCGCAUCAAUUUAUGUCUCGAUGCUUUAAUUACUUACACAACUAGCAAUGGACUUUUCGAUUGCAUUCCGGUGGAGAAUUGUAUAAUCACUCUUAUAGAGUCGAUAUUACGUUAUGUUUCUCCUGUGCGUUUCGAAACAAGAUCACUGGUUCUGGCUAUUGGAAGUUCCGCCUCAGUUGCGUUUGCGGACAUUAGAACGCGUUUUAAGUUUUUCUUUUAUACCAGUUUCUGUUCAUUCGCAAAUUAAACAGCAUGCAGAGCACAGUUUCCUUUGCUCUCAUCAAACACGCCUAGUUGAUAGUUCAGCUAGCAAGAAAGCAACAGAAUUAUCGCAAGUGAUACUUAUGCCUGUUUGUUUAUGUGUUACUUUUCAAUAUUUUAUAGCGAAAAAGGGAAAUAGAGAAAACGCUGGCGGGGUGAAAAUUUUUUUAGGGGUUUGUUUAAGAGAAAACGAACAGUGUGAACCGCGGAAAAACACAUGAUGUGGAAUACAUGUUAACGAAAAGAAAACUAUCCACGUGUAAAUAUCAAAACUAUCAUUGAACGGGGAAAACAGUGGAACUAAAACAAAACAUUUGCAGAGAAAUACAGACUUUGAGUUCUUAUUCAAAAGAAAGAUAAAGCUUA